CCCGGGAAUAGGCCGUGCCCAGGGUUUUGAAGCACGGCUUUGAAGCAAGAAGCAUUAGUUUCUAUAAAAUCGAGAACUAGGUAGUCGUUCGGCUUGAUUGCAGCUUUCUCAGUUUCGCGAGAGACCCCCUCUUGUCCUACGAUCGGAACACAGCACAGCCGCCAGACUACUAUUCGGCCAUGGCGGAAAUAAUUGGCAUAGCAUCUGGCAUGUUUGCCGCGGGCCAGGCUCUCAAUAUCUUUGCAGGCCAAAUACGACAAUGGAGAGAUCUUUCUGAUCGACUUCUCGACCUGAAUCAAGGAUUGAUCGUUUCCAAACAUGUCUUCGAAAGGUGGCAGCACAAGUGGGAGGUCAACGAACGCCAACCGAAUGUCUACCUGCGAGCUCUCUUCGGGCACGAAGGCUGUCAAAACAUACGACUUACUCUGUCAAACAUCCUGAAGAUCUCGAUGUCUUUGCAAGACGAUGUCGACGAGGUUAUCGGUGGUGCCUUGCGGUUUCAACCAAGCAGAUCAAGCCAGAGCAGACUCAUAGAUGAGAGAAUUAUCGAAGAGUGUCUGCAGAGGAUCCGUUGCAGAACAUCGUGGAAGCACAAAUUUGUCUUGAGCGUCUUGGACCGAGCUGAGAACAUGGAAAAGAGUCUUCGACGACUGGAGGUCACUUUGAGGGCCCUAGAAAGUCAUACCAACUACUACCUUGAGAGAGAACACCCGGAUAUUUUCUCGGAGAUCAGACGCUUACCUGGGCGCAAGUUCAUCCUGAGGCUUGGGGACGAGAGGGCAGCUGCUGUGAAAGGGAAGGUAUCUGAAACACUCGCCGCGCAACAAGAUGCAGAACUGCUCCAUCGCGCAUCGGAUACAGGCAACAAGAUUCAUAUUGGCCUUUCUGUACCACGGAUACACCGAAAAGAUUUCGCUUUUCUUUUACCCUUGGGCAGCAAAACACACGAAUUUCUUGUCCGACCUGUCAGGAUUACGGCUACCAAGCCCGUACCGCGCCAGCUGGCUUCUGCUGUCCCCAAGUUGACUCGGACACGAAACGAGUAUGAACCAUGCGUGGUGAAGCCCUCCAGCAGUACCGAUGGCUUCGAACUCACUAUACCGCCCGUCCCGCUACUCAGCGCACUUGAGUUCAAAGACCCGCUGUCCACCAUGUUCUCCAACCAAAACGCCCGCUUAGACUCACAAACUCUGUACCAGCAGGACCAAAAUGCCCUCGCAAGCGGAAUUGCCCAAAGCUGCCUUCGCCUAAUCGGGAGCCAGUGGCUACGGUUUCUCGACAGCCAGAAUGUGCGUUGGCGCCGAACCCUCGAUGGGCAGUGGAUCAGUAUGCUCACUGCAACACCCGGGGAUGAUUCAACAACUCGCUCGCUGGAAGGUUGUCUCAAAGCCAACCGGGACCGAUACCGAGGACCUCGUGACUUGUCAACACAUGCGCACAUAUUCCGCAUCGGUCUUGUCAUCACAGAGCUCUGCCUGAAGACUGCAAUCUCAUACAUCGACUUCGACCCCAGAACCGACAGCAUCAAAAUCCACAUGGACGACGAACGAGGUAUUACGCGCGAACGUGACGCCCACGACAUCGCGGCUGAUGUGGACAUGGUGUGCAACCCGUACUUAGGUGACAUGGUAUUCUUCUGUCUGAGUGCGCUGCAAGACAAAGAUCGACUGAACGAUAGGGAUAUUCAGGGAGUUUACCUCAAUAUCGUAGUGAGGAAUGCGGAGGAUCUGGAUAGGCUCAUCAAAGCACCUAGGAGGCGAGGUCCAAGGGGCGUCAAUAGUUCGAGUGAAAGUAGCGCAGGGGGUUCGCCGCGAAGUGCGGGCUUCUCGGGGUAUACUAGGUAGAGGUUUUGUAGGCUAUGUUGUAUCAUCUUUGUUGCAUCG